AUGAACAUCAUUAUUGAUUUGGAAACUAACUAUGCUGAGCUCGUUCUGGAUGUGGGAAGAGUCAUUCUUGGGGAGAAGGACAGAAAAAAAAUGGCAAAUAGUCAACUGAGAAAAAAGCAAAAUGAAAAAGUCAUACAAGCUGUGUGUGCUGCACUGAAUUCUGGAGGGGGAGUGAUCAAGGCUGAAAUUGAGAAUAAAAACUAUCGUUACCAAAAAGAUGGAAUAGGACAAGAUUUGGAAAAUUCUUUUUGUAAUAUUGUGUCAUUUGUCCCCAAAUACCUAGACUUCGUGCAGAAAGAUCACUACUUUUUGAUUUUUGUGAAAUCAUGGAGCUUGGAAACCUCUGGUCUUCGGAUUGCCACAUUGAGCUCCAAUUUGUACAAAAGAGAUAUAACUUCUGCAAAUGUCAUGAAUGCGGCUGCUUCACUGGAGUUUCUCAAAGUCAUAAAAGAAACAAGAGGGAGAUCUCAUUUAAGACCAAAAUUGCCUGCAAAGAGGGCUCAUAUUGAUGCACAAGAAGAAAAUAAUGUGGAAGUUUUGGCUGCUGACUUUUUUAACAGGACAAAACUUAUAUACAAAGAAAAGUUUGACUUUACUGAAUCCACACAUGUUGAAAUUAAAUACUUCUCAACAGGAAAGUUGUUACAACGCAUUAAAGAGAUUCUCCCUCAAUAUGUUUCUGCAUUUGCAAAUACUGAUGGGGGAUAUUUGUUCAUUGGUUUAGAUGAAAAAGAACAAGAAAUAAUGGGCUUUAAAGCAGAAAAGAGUGAUCUCAGUGAGUUAGAAAAAGAAAUAGAAAAGUCCAUUAGUAAGCUGCCUGUCCAUCACUUCUGUGAGGAGAAAAGUGAGAUAAAUUACUCAUGCAAAUUCCUUGAAGUAUAUAAAGAAGGAAGUCUUCACGGAUAUGUCUGUGCACUCAGAGUGGAGCGAUUCUGCUGUGCAGUGUUUGCUAAAGAGCCCAAUUCCUGGCAUGUGAAAGAUAACUGUGUGAUGCAGUUGACCACGGAAGAAUGGGUCCAGUUCAUGAUGGAUGCUGAGCCAGUUCUACCAGAAAAGAUGACAUAUGCUUCAGAAAUCCUCUCUGCGGAACAGUUAUUACAACAUGAAGAACUUGGACAAUUAAUAUACGAAGAAAUGGGCCCUGUCAGACAAGGUAAACUGAUCUUCUCUAAGAGCUGGUCUUUGGAUCUGGGCUUGCAAGAGAACCAGAAUGUCAUCUGUGAUGCUCUUCUGAUUUCCUUGGACAGUCCGCCAGUCCUAUUCACCUUACUUAGAGUAUUGAAUGAGGAGUCAGAAAUCUAUUCUAGACAAACUGCCCUAACUUUAAAGCAGAAGCUGGCAAAAAUUGCUGGUUACACUGAGAAAGUGUGUGUCAGGACGAAGAUCUUCUGCUCGAGUCCUGUAGGCAAGGCAAGCUGCCCUUAUGAUUCAAGCUUGGGAAUAUUUUACCCUGACCCCUACUAUUCUAUAACCACUCAAACCAUGGAAAAUUUGCUGAAGGCCCUUUUUGUAGUCUCAAGGAGACUCAGAUCUUUUAGUUACCAGUUUGCCUCUGACAUUUUCAACGCCUCUCCAAUGAUCAGUAUGGAUUGCUUUCAGAAGAAUGACCUAAGGAGAAUUAAAUCUUGUCCAACGUGCAUUUGA